AUGACUAAUGUGUCUUGUCCUCUCCUGUCUAUGUGGGCCACAGUGAGGGGACAGACUGACCCGCCUUCAGUCCCCAUUUGCCAGCUUUAUCCCAGCGGAGACUUCCCCAGAGGAGAGGAGUGUGACUACCCGCCCUCCAAAGACGGGCGCAGUGCAGCCUGGAGGACGUCCAGCGAGGAGAAGCGAGCUCUGGACUCGGCCAAUGAGGAGAUGUGGAGCGACUUCAGGCAGGCGGCGGAGGCCCACCGCCAGGUGCGCUCCUACGUGAGGAGCUGGAUCCAACCGGGCAUGACUAUGAUUGACAUCUGUGAGAAACUUGAGGCCUGCUCCAGGAGGCUCAUUCAGGACAACGGACUGAAGGCGGGCUUGGCCUUCCCCACCGGCUGCUCCAUCAACCACUGCGCCGCCCACUACACCCCCAACGCCGGGGACCCCACGGUGCUACGCUACGACGACGUCUGCAAAAUAGACUUUGGAACGCACGUGAACGGUCGAAUAAUAGAUUGUGCCUUCACCGUCACAUUCAACCCCAAAUAUGACAGACUGCUGGAGGCUGUCAGGGAUGCAACGGACUCUGGGAUUAAGCGAGGGAACACUGUAUUACAUUUUUUCCUCCAAAUAUGUAACAAAACGGAGACGAUUGAUGUCGUUUUAUUUACAACGCAUGCAUCAUGUGUGCUCCAGUUUGCAGGCAUCGACGUGCGCCUGUGUGACGUUGGCGAGACCAUCCAAGAGGUCAUGGAGUCUUACGAGGUGGAGAUAAAUGGCAAGACGUAUCAAGUGAAGCCAAUCAGGAACCUCAAUGGCCACUCUAUUGGACAAUACAGGAUACACUCAGGGAAGACGGUGCCUAUCGUGAAAGGAGGAGAGGCUACACGGAUGGAGGAAGGCGAAACCUACGCCAUCGAGACUUUCGGCAGCACAGGACGCGGCGCCGUCCACGACGACAUGGAGUGCUCGCACUACAUGAAAAACUUCAACGUCGGACACGUGCCAAUAAGACUUCCGAGGGCCAAGCACCUUCUGAACGUGAUCAACGAGAACUUCGGCACCUUGGCGUUCUGCCGCCGCUGGCUGGACCGGCUGGGCGAGAGCAAGUACCUGUUGGCGCUGAAGAACCUGUGCGACCUGGGUAUCGUGGACCCCUACCCGCCGCUGUGUGACAUCAAGGGCAGCUACACGGCCCAGUACGAACACACCAUCCUCCUCAGGCCCACCUGCAAGGAGGUGGUCAGUCGGGGAGACGACUAUUAGCUCACACGUGUCCACGGGGCUUAAAGACUACAGUCUAACAGGACUUCUUGGAAUACAGUGUGCAAAAUGUCAGGAAUUCCUACAGAGGGACCUAAAUGUUCCUAAAAAUGUUAAUAUGUUGCAGAACACAUAUAGAGCAUGUAUUUCAUCUAUCAAAUUUAACUUAA